CCCAUCCCUCCCCCGCCGUCGUAGCUCCUUCUCCUACACAGAAACGCCGACGCCUCCAGCCAAAAAACCGUCACCACACACGAGACCAAAUCUUUUCCUCCCACCCAACACCAGCUCGUCGAGCGAGCGAGCGAGUCGUCGCCUCGCCGGCCGACCGGCGGUAUAUACACAAGGAAGCCAAGGAAAACACUCCUCCCUCGCUUCCUUCCUUCCUUCUCUAGCUACCAUAUAUCCCAAAGCUAUAGCUUGCGACUUGGCAACCACUUGUACAAGUUGGGCGGGCUACACGAGAUUCAAGCCGGGAUGGUGGCGCCGGUGGUGAUCGCGUCGGCGGGGCUGGGCAUGCUGGCCGGCGUGGCGAUGGCCAACCGGUCCCUUGGGGGGGACGGGCUCCCAGCGGCGUCCAAGUGGGACGCGCGCCCGCGCUGCGCCACGUGCGGCGGCUCCGGCCGCGUCGAGUGCAUGUGCAACCGCUGGUCCGACGGCGACUCCGGUUGCCGGACCUGCGCGGGGUCCGGGAGGAUGCCCUGCCGCAGCUGCGGCGGAUCCGGCACGGGCAGGCCGCUCCCCGCGCGGCUCAUCGUCCAGCACCAGAAGCCGCCGCCGCCGCCGCCGGCCGGCCACAACUGAUGAUGGAAUAUGAUUGUCGCAGGCGAGGUGAAAGUGCAACCCAUCCGAGAAAUCAGUUAAACGUACUGCGAUAUUUGUCAUCCUCUAGCUAGCUAGUUUAAGUAUAUAUGUAUGUAUACGUCCGAUCCAUUCGUGUGGAUGAUAUGCAUGUUGUAUACUAUGUAAGUACAUGUCUCGAUCUUCUUCAAGACUAGUUGUAAUUGAGCUGAGCAUACUUGGUGUUGCUGUGGUUUAGUUAAUAUUUGCAAAUUUCACAACACAAGAAAGAAGAAGAAAAAACAGAGUGGAAAUGAAUUUUUUUUUGGGAGAUCUAAUAAGAACAACGUAUAUGAUUGAGAAGGGAGGGCAGGUGAUUAUGAACACAGUUUUGUUGGAAAAGGUUGUAGUUAUGUGUGGUGUAUGUAAUAUAUAUUAUGCUUAGAUUCGUUAAUAUUAUAUAUGCACCCACA